UUACAAAGUCAUAAGGAUGAGGCAAGUGUGGUUUAGCUUGGGGUCAGGAGGUCAGUUUAUGUAAAUUCUGUUUGACGCUUAAAACUAUAUAUCCCUUGUCCCGUUAACUUCAUAUAUCUGACUGUGUCCCCCCGUGUAAGUAUUGGUGUAACACACAGUGCAUGAUAAUGCUUCGAAUCUGUCACAGGACAAAUGUACCCCUUUUAUGGUGGUGAGCUGGUAGUUACCUUUCUUGUGGAGCGGUAGUCUGAAAGGGUUAAACGGGGAUUCGGAGCAUGACGAGGAAUCAGUUAUGCAGUAUUCCUCCUUUGUCAUCAAUUCCAUGUUGAAAUUGUUUGUUACAAAUCAGCAAAUCAAUCCCCCAGAAACGAAGAAAGCUUGUUGGCGGCAAGCAGCCUGCGCUAACCUUUGAAAAAGUUUGCCACGGUAUUGAUCAACUCCAUUCAACGUCAAAAGCUAUACCGUUCAACAGGACCAAUCAGGCGUUUCAGAAAUUCUUAUAGCCUUAAACAUCUAUGGCCAUGUAACUACAGUGUACCAACAGAACUCCUGGAUAACACAGGACAGUUGUUAUUCUUUGUGUUUGCCUGAUCCUGAAGUCCUCAGCAGUCAUGGAUUGCUGCAAUGGACAAGCAGAAAGAUGGCUCAGAAUUUUGACAAGUAUUGGAGCUCUCUACCUCGAAAGUGCCUUGAAUGGAGCAGUCUUCCCUCUUCUUUCGGAUUGGGAUUGGGCGUCCACUCAUCGAGCCGCCCGCAAUUCAGUUGUCUCCGCGAACACUACUGCUGAGACAGGAACACAUGCGAGCAUCGCAGCCGCUGGCAUUUUUGUCUCUACUGGUUUCUUGGAACUGAUGUGUUCUCCCAUUGCCGGCCUGGCAGCCGAUAGAUGUGGAUUUGAUGCCGUUCUUUUGUUUGGGUUACUUCUUUCCACAUUAAAGUGCCUCAUUUACGGACUUUUCAACACAACUAUUGUAAUUGUAUCAGUUGGUCGUCUGCUUCAAGGAAUAGCCAGUGCCUGUAUCCAACCAAUUGGAUUUGCUAGGAUACAAUGCAUGUAUGAUAAGUCAUCGAAAGAGUUUAGGAGUAUCCUGGCACUGGCAAUGGCCAGGAUAUCAUUCACGUAUUUUGCUGGACUCCUUACUGGAGAGCUGUACAAAUUAAUGGAAUGCCGCGUGCUUCUCAUCUUUAUACCCAUGACACUUAUGCUAAUUAGUGGCGUUUUGAUAACUUUCCGAACCAAAAAUCUUCAUUUGUCAAGUAAGCCUUCUGAAGAAAGCAAAACCACACACAGCGUAGUAUUUCAGGGCGGCGAUACCUUGCGAUGGAGGGUCUUUGGCGACCUGCAAAUCAUCAACAUAGCACUGUGUUUUUUUGUUGCUGACAUAGGAAGGACGUCCCUUGAACCAUCCGUGGCAGUAUGGAUGAAAUCUACCUUUGGGGCUGACCUAUCAACUAUAUCACUCGUAUUCGGUUUGUUUGGUCUAGCAAUUGUGUCUAGUAGUAUUUUCAGCUCAUGCAUCCUUCCUGUCUUCAGAGGUCGAUCGUGGAUUUAUGGGAUUUUAACGCUGUGUCCCGCAGGAUUGACUCUGAUAUUCCUGAAUUCGUGUCGUGAAAUGUACUGGGCUGGUUUUGCCUUGUUUGUGCAUUUCUUUACUGCGAGUGGAACCCGUUUACUACUAACAUUCAUGUGCUUUACACUCGCUGCUAACCGCUACGCCGCAGUGUCUGGACUGUUGUUUGCUGUAACCAACACGGGGAUGGCAGCAGCGAGCCUUGCAGGACCUCUCGUUGCCGUGUGGCUCUUUGACCCGGUUUAUCUUGUGUAUGCAAUUGGUGUGGUACACUUGCUGUGCACUAUUCCUAUGAUAUUUCUUCGCGAGCUAGACUCUAGACGUGGGCCUAAUAUCGUGGAUUAUUUUCAUGGCGACAACCGUAGUGAACAGGAGUACCGAAUAGUUGAUGUGCAUGGCGAGAAAGUUCCAUUCUUAUGUCGUUCAGUUCCGGUUCAACCCCAAGAACGGACUGGUACAAAUUGAAGUCUUGCGUGGCCGUAGGUGCAUGAGAGCUGUCUUCACGAUUCGUGUUCAGUGUUGUUUGGAAAAAAAUAUAUAUGUUUAAUGCAUGUAUUAUAUAUAUAAACACAGUACAACGAUUACAUAUACAACUAGUCUUCCAUUACUAAAGCGUUCCUCGCUCGAAGAAACCUUGACGCCCUCCUCCUCAUAUAGAGACAUUUUAUAAAUUUAUUGGCUUGUGUUUGAUAUGUUUUCAAUCUAAACGGGAAACGGGUAGCUUAUAUUGAUUCCCGUUUUAAAAAAAUCUCGUAAUCAGAGUGGUGAAAUCCACGCAUAAAGAUGGUUGACCAAACUCUUAUACUAUUCUGUAAAACUGAGCUGCACAAAAACCAGUAGAUGUUACUGACACCACCAAUUCUAGGAACAAGUAAAAGCGUGUAUGGGUAACUAAUGGCAUACUGGGACGACAUUAUAAUACCAAAUUAUGACGUCCAAUUAUGACAAUCAAUGAUGAUGUCUGCAAUUUGUUUAAAAAGUUAUCCUGACUAUAUUUGUGUACAAAGUUAGUGGUUAGAUGAGAAUUUAUAACUUCGGGCAGGAACGUGUUAAUACCCACAGUGUAGUAUUAAAAUUUACGUUAAGUUCUAGAUACCAUCAAUUAAUGUAUAAAAGUAACCUAAUUCUUUAUUUCAAAUAACGAUUGUGGUUCUGAUAUUCUCAUGAUUUUCAAAGUGCUCGAAAUCACUUUCUGCUUCAUGUUCAGGCUUAUUUGUCAUACUAUAAAUAGUUGAAUACGCAUGGAAAAAGGUUUUAAUUUUUUUCCCUGGGCUGAGGCAUGUGGUGAUUUUUGAGAAUCGGUUUUUGUUAAAUAGUUGAUAAAAAAAAAAACAAGGCCAACUUCAAGGACCUCCCAGCUAUUCCUACCUGUGUUCAUGCUUGACAGCCUUGUUUCGUCGUCGUAAAUGUGGGGGCUUCUGCCUGGCUGGCCCGGGCCCUGUCUGUGACCCAUAAACGACCUAACUCUGUAAACGCUUUCGGGCCUCUUUGAAGCUUUGUGGCCUUCCAGGCACGUGCCGGGGUAAUUCUAGACAUGCCUUGGCAGCAGAGAAUCAUUUCCUGCAAAGACCCCCCUCUAUUGUGUCUUGUUUUGUGUUGACGGAAUCUUUGGAAUUCCUCUCAGAUUUCCAGGGGUUGCAGUAGGCACAAUAGCCUUAGGGUGUACAGCUUGUGCUUCACAUUAGGGGGUCCCCCCUUCCCACAUAUCGUGCUGGAUAUACCGAAUAGGUCAUACUUAAGCCUGAGGCUAUUCCAUGUGGCUUUUUACUGAAAGAUAGAACAGCUGUUGGUUCAAAGCUUACUACCUUUCCCUGUGGUUUCUCUGCGGAUUUCAUGCUUACAGGGUACAUAGGACACGCACGAAUGAUUUUAAAACUAUUUAGAACAGCAUCUAUGUUCAAAGAAAUAAAACUAGGGUAGUGAUACAAAAUCACCACAUUAUGCAUCAAUGGUGAAAAAAAUGGCAACUGACACGGAGGGAAAACUUUUAAAUGAUACUACUCUCGAACGAGUAGAGAACACCAUAUAUUUGGGAACACAAAUUGAUGAAAAUCUAACUUGGCAAAGGCAUUUUGGCUACAUUACAGUUGAAAAAUCUUUUUAAAAAUAUUGGUAGGCCUAGUAUGAACAGUCAGUGUCUUCGCAGUAGCAUAUUACCAAAACGUAUAGAUGUAACGCUUUUAUUUUACCGUAUUUGAAUGUCUCAACACUGACUUGGGGUAGUCCGACUCCUAAAUGCAAUAGACUACUUACUCCACAGAAACGAGCAAUGAAGGUAAUUGCAAGAAUUGGGCUUCUUGAACACACACUGGACCCAAUUUGAAACUAUUAAAACUCACUGACUUGUAUUAUCUCAACUUAGGCAAAUUUAUACAUUAACAUAUGAAUCAUGCAUUACGUGCAUGUUUUAUUCAUGUUCUACAUUAACCCCAAAUAUUAAUUCCUGUAAUACUCGCAGUACAGCUGGUAACAAACUUCAUGUUAGUGUUUGUAGAAGUUCCUUGUCCAGGAACAGCGUUAUCCAACGUGGCACUAAAUAUUGGAAUAGUCUGGAUUAUUCUCCUAAAUCAUUAUCCACUUCUUCAUAGCUUCACAAGAAAACUUAAACCUUACUCUCUAAUUACAUGCUAAAACAUUAUAAUAGGGAUAAUAGCGGCCUUGAUUACUGCCUUACAGCUAUUUACGUGCUUUGUGUUCAUCUGUCUCUCGCCUGUUUAUCUGUCCAUAGGCUGGAGAACAAAUACUGUUACUAUUAGUUGCCAUUAGUUGAAAUAUUAACCAACCUGGUAUGUACGGUAUAUUUGGUGGAAUGUUUAUAUACAGUCAGAUAUCAUGUAUGUAUGGGCAGAUUGUUGGUAAUUUUGGAAUAACCUAAUUGUACACGUACUCCAGCCUGGAUCCUUAAAGCUCUUUGAACAAUAAAACUCAAGUAUGGGGGGCCUGACGAUUCGAUCCUAGUAGAACAGAUUUUGCUAGAAUCGAAACGUCAGGCCCUCCAUAUUUUGAGUAUUUGUAUUUUAGGUCAUUGUAGUCAGCAAGCAGUUUGCAGCAGUUUUGUAUUAUUAUUUUUAUUAUUAUUGGUUUAUUGCUAUUUAUAUACAUACGUGUACAAUACAAAUUGCCUCGCCUCUCGUGCAUUGAAAUACAAUGAGUACUGAAAUUUAAGAAAUACAUAUUUAUAACAAUAAAUAAUUAAGCAAUAAAAGGAGUUAAUUUUUAUAACACUCGAAACUAGCAAAAUAACAAAUUACUUGGUAUCAUUCAGUCCCCUGACUGCCGUUGGAUAAAAGCUUCUUCUAAACCGUUAUGUAUUACACAUAAUUACUCUGUAACGUUUCCCUGAACUUAACAACUCAAAUAACUUAUUCGCGGGGUGAAAUUCGUCAUAUACCGCUGGUCCUAUUCUCUACUCUAGAUCUGUAAAUUUCUGAAACUGGUGUGAGAUUACAUAUGUUUUGAAUAAAACAAAACAACAAGAAAAACUUUAAAAAUCCAACUUUAUUGAGGUGAGGCUUGUUGGAUGACCCAGUGUCAUUAUUAUGGACAUCAGUGUUUGGAACAGAAUGAGGGUUUACGUUGGGAGACAGAGAUUUUUUUUUAAUUAUACACUAGAGCACACAAGGGAUAUUUACAGAUCGUGAAGUAUUAUGUUUAACAAAUAACGGGGCAGAGUGAUCGUUUAAGCUAGAACCAUUUCUUGAACUGAAGGAUUUCUUCCGAGUCCAAUCACAAGUAAUCUGUCGAGAUGUCUGGUGGACUGGAUGAAAGGUUGAAUCGUACUAUUCAGACAACGCGGUAACUGGUGACUACGGCAGCUAGGAGAUCAUGAAGCUGGUGGACCAAUGGAAUCUAGCAUCGAACCCUCCUAGAGAAGCACGAAUGGCCUCUGAGGAUGAUGACGCAUUAAAACAAACAACCACAACCCAGUGUGGACUUGGGACUGGGCGUGGUCUAUGUGAGGUUCUUUUCAUUAUCUUAGUCAUUGGUAGGUGUACCAGCAGGCCUGCACUGCUGCGGAGUUUGGUUUCUAUCUGGCCAAAACCUUGUUCCAGACGAGACCAUGGUCCAAUUCAAGGGAAGAGUAUCAUUAAAACAGUGCAUGCCAAGAAAGCCAACCAAAUGGGCCAUCAAGUGAUUCUUCUUCAACGAGUCUGAAACGGGGUAACGUGCGCGCACAUUUUUCACAGGGCCACAAGCACGGACAGCAACAAGUGACAACUCAGAGACAGAUAAUGUAGUUGAUCAAGGUACAUCGACGUGCAUGGUCAACUUGUUGUGGAACUUGUAAUGGCUUUGAAAAUCAAGGACACUACAUAUUCGCUGAUAAUUAGCACGCCAGCCCAGCUCUAGUCAGUAGGUUGACCCUGCGUGGCUUUCGUUUUUGUAGAACUGUGCACUACAAGACUCAAGAGUUCCUCAUUUUCCAAACCCGAAUUAAUACCCCAUUACUUAAGAGGAUAAACCCCUGUUUUAAAACCAGUCUUGACAUCUAUGUGUGGACAUACCGCGUGUCACACUCAUGACUAGUUACAGUAAUUGUAGUGUAACUAAUAGGCAAAUUCGUUGCAUAAGAAAAGUUCCACAGCGUCUCAGGGUCUCCCAUUACUAAAGCGCUAACACCUCGUUCCCCGCGCGAAGAUACCUUGACACUAUCCUGAUUAGAGACAUUUUAAGUUAUAAGUGUGUGUCUAAAAUGUUUACAAACUAGAGGGACAGUGUUUGUUACAGUUACAAAUUAGUGGGCUGUAUUGAUUCCCAGUUUGAUGACAUCACAUUAUCACCAGAGUUGUAAGUAUACAUAGAAGAUGGGGGGUAAAAGUCGAACACUUUUACGUGCGGCGAGCGUGUGGCAGACAGAAAUUAAAAGACGGAAACGAGGACGCUAGAAAUAUGGGAAAAGAAGCCAAAGGAAAUAAUUUAAAGUGAAUUUAAUUUAUAAGUUUAAAUCAGCAAAGCAGUGAAUGAAAGCACAGUUUCUUUGUAAGUUAAACGUUUCACGCAAAAUACCGUGAAUAACAGACAAAAAUAUUUCUAUGGUCAGAACGAGGCAAAUUAUAUUUGGCGAGUAUAAUUAGCUUUAUACCUUAAAGAGCCCCCAAAAGUCAGGAAGAGCCCCGCCCAGCCAGUGUCCUGGCGAAAGGAACGCAGCUGUCGGGCCACACGUAGGUAGGUCGGCGUAGAAGCCAGGAAUUUAGCCUCGUCAUGGAGCCACAACUCUCAAGCAUCGACGGUCCCACAGCAGUGUCGGCCUCAGAAAUGGUCCAGCGAUGAGGAGAAGACGACACGGAGGUCCUUGCUCAACCCUGCCCAUCCCCCUUUUUAAAAGCACAUACAGAGUGUACACGGGCACUGAGGGCAAUGGCAAACUGGUCGUCUACAGGUUUUUAACCCGCGUAUUCUUUCAAAUGAAUUCCAAUAAAACACCUCUGUGGGAGUAACAAAUGCACAAAGAAUGCGAAUAAACUGGCAUUACGGCGCACUAACAUUUCCGCAUAAAAAGAGAAUUACACAAAUUAAAGUGAAUUUGAUUCGCUUUACCAGUUCUGGGAGAUUUUCAAUUCCGGUAUUGGUAACUAUACUGGGACGACACGUUACACCAUAUUAUGAUAUAAAGACAGUCAACGAUGUUGGAAUUCCGUUGUUUAACUGUCCACAUGUGUACAGAGUUAAUGAUCACAUUAUUAGAUUAAAGUUUCUAUAUAGCGCCCUCAUCCCAAUGGGCUCUAAGGCACUUUACAAUAUAUCAAUACAAACGACGCUCACUUUAAUACAUUAAAAAUAAAACUACAAAUUCAGACAAUGCAUAACAAAGAGGCGUUUACAUUAAAAUACGAACAAUUAAUAAAAAUAUUUGGUAAAAAGAUGUUUUCAGAGAUUUUUUGAACAAAGGUUGUUG